AACCAACAGACCCACUCUCUUCAUUCCGGCUACAGUGGUCCACUCUUGCGUCUGUGGCAAUCUUCUUCCUGCAUACUUCUUAAAGACUUAUUAAUCUACCCUGUCUUUGUCAGUUGUCACGAAGAUGUUGAGGAAAAUAUACCUAGCCUACCUGGUCAGAAACGACUUGGCGUCCGGCGUUUGGUUUCCUAUCUUAGGCCUCUAGUAGAAAAGGGUCUUCGAUGUGUCCUCCUCUUUGGUGUUGUUGACACUGACAUGAAGGACGAGAAUGGAUCAGCUGCGGAUAGUGAACGGAGUCCUGUUUGUGCCGCGUUAAGAGAACUGCGGACCGAACUUCCUUCCCUAAUUGUCGUCUGUGACGUUUGCCUCUGUGCCUAUACAACAGCACAUCAUUGCUAUUUAAACAAAGACGACGGGGAGAUGAAUGUUGACGGAACAGUUAAUCGACUGGCCGAAAUCGCUCUCAAUUAUGCUAAAGCAGGUGAAGUUCCCCUUGUCCUUUGUUUGCACUCUAUUGCACAAGCUUCUGUGAACUGCACUGAAUUGUUUGUCUUUUUACACAAAGGUGCACAAAUAAUCGCUCCGUCAGACAUGUCGGAGGGCCGUGUACUGGCCAUAAAGAAGGCACUAUUGCGGGGCGGUUUUUCACGCACAGUGUCGGUCAUGUCAUAUGCUGCGAAGUUUGCCUCUUGUUUCUACGGACCCUUUCGGUAG